GUCUUUUCCCCCGGUAACCACCACGAUUCAUUGCUUCUUUCUCCGUCGCCUAUAAUUCUUUUCUCCUUCUCCCCCAUCGCAGCACGCUGGUCGCCUCCACUCUUACUUACGCCAGAGUAGUCCAACAACCACUUUAUCUUAGCGGCGCUCAACUCCUUGCAUCCAACUUCCGUCGGCUCCUGCUCCGUGGUCUACUCGAUCAGAUUGCUCUGGUGGUUCGUGACCCAGGUAGUAUCAGUAACAGUUGCAGCGGCAGCCACUUGAGAUUGAAUCAACUCCGAGGACUCAUGUAGCGCCAAUCCUCACCCCGCCUUUUGUAAUCGGCCCCAAUUGCGGAGAGGAGUAAUCGGGACGCCAAGCAUUGAAUCUGAUGCGGAUUUGCCUAGGGUUUCAGGGGAAGCAGCGUACAAUCUAAAGAGUCAGAGAUGCUUAAAAGACUAGGACUUUGCAUGUUAGAGUUGUGUUUCUAAGUUCUAUAGAAUUUGGAUGCGUAUGAGAUUCUUUAUAACCGUUGUGUUUCUUAGCAUAUAUGAUUGAGGGCUCUCUCGAAGCUUUGCUUUAUUCUAUUGUUGUUGUAAAAGUCAUUGAAUCUCUUGAUUGAAAUCUGGGUACAGGAAAGGGGCAUCAACCUCGGUGAAGAUUUUGAUGGAGAUGAGAAGGCGAGGUAUUCUUCAAGCAUGAGAGGCAGGGACGUAGAUGAUUCCAAUGCUUUGGUUGUUUACAAUUUUCCAUUUAUGUUUUGUUGGUGGGGUUCUUCAAAGUUGGGGUGUAGCACUGUGUGGUAUUCUUCUGGUUGGGGCUUACAUUUCCCCAUUCUCAUUACCAGGUUGGAUUUAGGAUUGCUAUUGGCCCGAUUUUUUGCGUUUAGGAUUUGUAUGGGCUGGCUGUUUAGCUUUCAAUCUAGGAGAAGCUGAGGGUUAGAGUGAGUCUAGAGGAUUAGAGUGAAUAGGCUUGGAUCACUUAAAAGUAUCAUGCACUAGAAGAAGCAAAUGGAAAUCGGCGGCGACAUUUCAGCUCCUGAUUUUGUCAAAGUGGCCAAGGCUACUUGGAUUUCUUAUGGGUCUCACUGUCCUGGGACUUGAGCUUCUAGAGAGGCUGACCAUUCUUGAGGAAACCAUGAUGGGAACCAGUUAGCUUCCAAUUAAGGAGAAUCACUAUCUGACGUAUUCGAAAUCUUGGCUGGUCUGCUGGAUGAGGGGUCAAGAUUUGUCAAGACCGCUACUUUGACUAUGCAGGUUCUAAUGACAUCAAGAAUCUUCCUAUGUGUAAAGAACCCUACAAGGAUCUUGAUGAGGCAGAUGAGGAGAAAGAUUAUGACUGCGGCGAAGAAGACGAGGAGGAAGAUCAAACUCUAUCGCUGUCCAAAGAUUUCCAUUGCUCAGCUGAAUGAUUUCGAAACCAUGGAGGCACACACUGUGGAAGAGGAUCCAGAAGAGUACUUUUGUGGACACUAUAAGACCACAUCUUCCAUUGCUAAAGCCAACAACUGACUAAGAUUCUUGAGCAUGGGAGCCUUGGAGGAUCAACCUCUUGCGGGUUGAAAAGAAAGCAUGCUGAUGCCGCUGACCCUGUGGAGUAAUACUAUUGCUGUAGAUUUUGUGACCUUAAGAGCCACAACUUGCAGCUUCUACUUAGUAUUCUGUUUUCAUUUAGUUUGAGCUUGAGACUCUGUUUCUAGGUUGUUUCCUUAUAUAUUGUAUUUUUUCUUUAGUGUCAACUGUGGAAUACAGUAGUGUUGUUUGGCUGCAGCCUUUUCUCAUUUGUUUAAUAGUUUUUUCCUUAUGAGAUGUCAUCUUUUCCAAUCUCAAGGUUAAUUGAGCCCUCCAAAAUCAUUUUCAGGUUUAAUGGAG